UUGACACAUUGGUGUUUCAGGGAAAACACCGCCUGCCAGAUUGUAUUCAUCUUCAAACGCUGUUUGGUGUAGAGUGUACUUUUGCUGAUAAAAACACUAUUUUUCACAAUGAAAGACCAGGAAACUCCAGAAAAUAAGAAUAUGCUGAAGUGUCGCGAACAACUGUAUCGAAUGAUGAUAAGUCAACUUUUUUACGACGGGCAUCAUGCUGUUGCGGUUGAGCUGACCAAUUUGGUACGGGCUGAUCCUCCCUGUCCGCCAAGUGAUCGGCUGAUGAACAUUUUCAAACAGGCCAACCAAAUCGAACAGUCGAAGGAAAGCAAUCUGUUCGAUGAUCUACCCUGCGGGCUGGAUCUGGAAUUCGAAACGGAAGGUUCUACACUGGCACCGGAACCGGCAUCCUAUGAGACGGCUUAUGUAACGUCCCACAAGCAAGCAUGCCGAGCGGGUUGUUUCAGCGGUGACGGUCAACUCGUGGCUACCGGCAGCAUGGAUGCCAGUAUAAAAAUACUCGACGUUGAUCGUAUGCUUGCCAAGUCCGCACCGGAAGACAUGGAACCGGGUCGUGAACAGCAUGCACACCCUGUCAUUCGAACGCUGUAUGAUCACACGGACGAAGUGACGUAUCUGGAGUUUCAUCCGAAGGAUCAAGUUCUUGCAUCCGCAUCGCGCGAUAACACCGUAAAGUUGUUCGAUAUCUCAAAAGCAUCCGUUAAAAAGGCGCACAAGGUGCUGAGCGACUGUGUGCCGGUUCGAUGCAUAGCGUUUCAUCCGACGGGCGAUUACAUGGCCGUUGGAACGGAGCACAACGUUUUGCGAGUGUACGAUAUACACACAUCGCAGUGUUUCGUGAGUGCAAUCCCAUCCCAACAGCACAACAGUGGAAUAACGUGCGUCCGUUACGCGACCACGGCAAAAGUGUUUGCAACUGGCAGUUUGGACGGUUCGAUAAAGCUUUGGGACGGCAUCAGUGGCCGCUGUAUCAAUACGUUUGCGCAGGCCCACGAUGGAGCGGAAAUUUGUUCGGUUGUGUUUACGAAAAAUGGCAAAUAUCUGCUAUCAUCUGGACAGGAUUCGUUGGUGAAACUGUGGGAACUAAGCACAAGCCGGUGUUUGAUUGCAUACACUGGAGCCGGAACAACUGGUAAGCAGGAACACCAAACGCAAGCCAUCUUCAAUCACACCGAAGACUAUGUUCUGUUUCCGGACGAGGCAACCACUUCGCUAUGUGCGUGGAACUCGCGCAAUGCAUCCCGUUGCCAUCUAAUGUCCCUGGGGCACAAUGGUGCAGUACGUCACAUUGUUCAUUCACCAACGCAGUCCGCUUUUCUCACCUGUUCGGAUGAUUAUCGUGCACGCUUUUGGGUUCGACGUACAACCGCUCAUUAACCUGGACAGUGUAUGCAUUCCAAAUAUGGAAUGAAUUAAUUUUAAAAAUAACCCUCCCUUUGAACGAAUCAAUGUAUCAAUUUACAUAAAUGUAACAAACGAAACAUGAAAUAAAAUGUGAAAUCCGUUAAACAUUUUGAACGUACAAUGUCAUCAUUUGGCUCGCGAGCAGCGAAUGAAUAUUGCAUAUGUUGGU